GUCUGGCUCGACAGCGGGCAUCGGGUCACCAGGUAUGACAGCGGGCACUGGGUCAUCAGGCAUCAGGUCAUUUGGCUCGCCAGCGGGCACCGCGUCACCUGGCAAGGCAGUGGGCACCGAGUCACCAGGCACGACAGUGGGCUCUGAGUCAAUUGGCACGACAACGGGCACCGGGUCAUCAGGUACCGGAUCGUCUGGAUCAACAGCGGGCAUCGAGUCAACUGGCCUAAUAGGAUCAUCAGGCUGGGUAGAAACAUCACGCUGGGUAGAGGCAGCAGGCUGAAUGGAGGCAUCAGGCUGAAUAGAGGCAUCAGGCCGGGUAGAGGCAUCAGGCUGGGUAGAGGCAUCAGGCUGGGUAGAGGC